UGGUAUUACAACUUUUCCCAAAAAUGGUCCACUUUUGUCGCAUUAUUUAUAGAGGGCGCUGCAAUCGUUAGCUGUUCUACUUUUCGUAGGAUUUGACAUAGGCAGCAAUACAGAAAAUAUUGAUUUGAUGUCAAUUUCCAUCAUGAGUAAUUCUUGUAGUGCAACCUGCUUCGUCCCUGGAUGCAACACUGGUUAUACAUCUGUUAGGCAGAAGAAUAAAAGCUUGGGAAUCAAGAAUCCAAGUAUAUUUAGAGCUCCAAAGGAUCCUGUGCUGCUAAACAAAUGGAGACAUGCAAUUCCUCGGGCCUACCGAAUACUUUCAGAGAAGGAUGUUGUGUGCGAGCAUCAUUUUGCAGAAAGUGAUGUAAAACAAUUUUACGAGACGAAGUUGUCCGAUGGGACAAUAUUCAAGUUGGAAAUGGGCCGCCCUAGACUCCAAGAAGGAGCAAUACCCUCAAUCUUUCCAAAUCUGCCUUCAUAUUUAUCCAAACCGUCACGUAAAAGAAAAGCACCUCCUGCAAGAAAUGUGCCUGUUAAUAAGAAGAAUGCUCCAUUGGUUGCAGAUAAUGUUGCCGCUACUAAACAGAAUUUUACAAUUCCACUGUUGACUGAAAGUCUCCAGAAGAUUUCCAAACCAAAUUGUUUGUGGACUGUAAAUUCUGUAGUUGAAUUCAUUGUAUGUGCUCGAUGGGCAACUAAUUACAUGUGUGAAAAAAGGGUUAUAAUUGAUAAAGAUAUGACUAUAAAGGUUAGUUUUGUUUUGACAUUUUUAUAAUUUCAGUAUUGCACGUCAAACUGCACUUGGUACUAUUGUGCUACACAUUCAUUGCUUUUUUUUUUCAUGUGUAAUGUAUUCUACACUUAUUUAUUGUUAUUUUUACAGAAUUCUACGUUAUCUUUUCUGAAUUUUUGAGCUAUGAAUAGAUGGAUUUUUUUUUAUAUUAAGGAAAUUGUCAGAGAUGAUGAUACUUGUCUUAGAAGGCUUAUUUUUAAAUCAAAAACAUGUUCUGAGAGACAUAACAUGAAAUUAUGUCUCAAUGGAAAUGAAUUAGGCAUAUUUCAUUGUCAUUGGUUUCAUGCCUUAGGAAAGAAACCAACAAGUGUCUGGUUAAGAAGCACAUGGCAGAGGAACCAACUAUUAUGACUGACGAAUGGCAGGCAUAUUCCAUAGGCAGGCAUGGGUAUUAUGUGCAUAAGAUUGUUAAUUAUCUCGCAAAUUUUGUUAAGUUGCAACUGAUGCACUUAGUCUAUAAAAUCCUGCUGCCUCUGAAAUUAUGAGUACAAAAUUGUGGUCUUGAAAAGUAGAAUUAGCUAAUCACCUACUGAAUACCUGUUUCGACAUGAAGUUAAGUGUAAUGGCCAAGAUCCAUUGAUUAAAUCGCUAUUAAAAAUUUUCUCCUCGUAGGGUAAUAUGCAUCUGUCAAUUUCCUUAACAGCAUAAUUUUUGGGGUGAGGGGGGAUAAAUGCCCUUUACAGGACCAUAUAAAUCUGAUAAGAGAGAAAUGAAAUUACUGUAUAUAUAUAUAGCAAGCUUUCUUUUUAUCUCUUGUAAUAAUAGAAUUCUUCUAAAAACAUAUUUCAAUAAUAAUACUAGUAGCAUGUAUUGUACUUUCUUAUGCUAGUUUUUACUUACAUGUGCUUAAUAUACUUAUAUAUCACACGUAACAAGUUAAAUUUGACACGUGUAACAAGUUAAAUAUAUGCUUAAAAUCAUAUUUCAUCUGCUAACUUAACUAAGUACCACUAAAAACAUUGCCGUGUGCAAGCUUGGCAGUGUAUAUUAUUGUAUAACAGAUCACAUAUUAUGCACUGAAAUAUGCUUUCGUUACCAAUUUUAUAGUGUAUUUUAAUUUACCUAAUGUAUAAAUGCACACACUGGCCAACGAAUUAGAAAACUUUGAGUUUUCGUUUAAAUGCGUACUAGGGAUGAAGUAUGCAAAUUUUUUUUGUGAAUGAAGCCCAUGAAUCCAUCUUGCCUUACUCACAUGUACAAGGGUUUGGUAGGGGUAUCAUGAUAUGGGGCAUGUUCUGCUGGCAUGGAAGUGGCUCCGGAAGCAUGUAGACUUGAUGCCCAAAGGAAUCAGAGCAGUUAUGCGUGCAAACUGUGAUCCAAUAAAAUAUUGAUCUUGCAUUUCUAAUUCAUUGGUCAGUGUGUGUAAUACCUUAUAAGCAAUGACAUAAAUUGUAUAUUAUUUUAUAAAUAAUAUUUCUUGCUUUCUCAUUGUUUUGAUUUAAUAAUGGUAUUAUGUUCCCAUAUCUAAAUUAUUGGGUGCAUGACUGAUCCAAUUUUAAUUUUUCAGCCAGUGUAUAUUAUUUGUCUUGCUAGUUUGUUUGUUUUUAUCCAAACAUGAUGUGUUAAUAUGUACUAAAGAUGCAAUAGCUGAAUUUAAUAAUUUUUAUGUACCUUUAAUUAAUGUGGCUAAUGUUAUGCAAAUGCUAAUUGUUAUACUAUAUCAUUAGAUUGCAAUGCUUGUUUGAAACACAAAUUCACUUUAGAUCCAGGUGAAUCAGCAAUCUUGCUCAGCAAAUUUCUGAUCCAUGUACUUCAGAAAUUACCAACAUUUUGAAAAAUCCUGCCUUGCUUAAUUCAGCAAAAGUACAUAAUUUCUUCAUAAAUGAUUCAAUAAGCUUCUUAUGUUUGUUUUGAAUAAAUGAAAUAAUGCUGAA